AUGACUUCCAAUGCAUCGGUAACCGAACUUUUACCUCGAAAAUACCAGGAAGAAAUUUUCACGCAGGCCCAACAAGGAAAUAUCAUCGCUGCUCUCGAUACCGGCAGUGGCAAAACCUUCAUCAGCACUCUCCUCAUCAAGUGGAUUGCAGCGAAGAACAACGAUGGUCGUAAGAUCAUGUUCUUUGUCCCAAAAGUGCCACUAGUCGAGCAGCAAGGCGAUUUCAUCUCCCAACAUUCAUCUUUACGCGUCUUAAAAUUGCACGGAUCGUCAAAUAUCGAUAUCUCGGAUCGCGAUGGGUGGAAGUUGAAAUUUCGACAGCACGAUGUUUUUGUAUUAACCGCCCAGAUUUUUCUCAACUUUUUGACGCAUUCUCUUCUGAAGAUACAAGAUGUUGCCCUGCUGGUUUUUGACGAAUGUCACCAUGCUCGUAAGAAGCACGCGUACGCCAUCAUCAUGCAUGAAUACAUGCAAUGUCCACCCGAAAAACGACCCAAGGUUUUCGGAAUGACAGCUUCCCCUGUUUGGAACUCAAAAAAUCCCGCUGCAUCGAUCAGAACCUUGGAGACGACCCUCGACGCUAAAGUGAUUGGCGUCCGUGAACACGUAGACGAACUUGCAGAGAACUUACCUAAACCCACCGAAAUGAUUAAAUUUUAUCCGCCACCGCCUCAAGAUUAUGACUACCCCUCACCCCUACUCUGGGAUGCUCUCAACGUGUUCACUCUCCUCAAAAAUGUGGCUUUAGAUAAUGGUUCUUGGGCAGACGUCGAACGUCGAUACUUCGUGACCCUAAACAAUUUAGGGCCCUACGCUGCAUCAUUUUACCUUUUCUCGGAAGCGUCCUAUCUCAUCACGCGCCUUUUCGCCAUAUACCGCGUUGCAGACGUUUCCGAAAUCAAUGAGCUCGUCGUUUCGCGUAGCUCAUCACCCAAGGAAAUUCCUUCCGAAUUGUUUGAUAUCGCGGACGUCUUGGUCGAUUAUCAGGCAUAUUUUACGAAGAUGGAUGAUCCUUCUUCGCUACCGUCCUCGGUUUCUUUGGAUUGGUGCACGCCAAAAGUGCGAACGCUGGCAGAGGUGCUUCGUAAUCACCACUCGCCUACCUUCCAAGGAAUCAUCUUUGUCGAGCAACGCCAAAUCGCUACCUACUUGGCUAAGAUACUUCCGCAUAUCCCGGAGUUGAAUGGUUUAGUCAGAUGCGGGUCGUUUGUUGGCGGUGUUGCUACAUCCGAGCGGGUUUCAAGUGAUGGUGGCCAAGAACAGGUCGCGAGAUCAUUUCGGGAAAAGAAAAUCAACUUGCUUGUCGCCACAUCAGUCGCCGAAGAAGGAUUAGACUUCCCUGCUUGCGACGUCGUCAUUCGCUUCGAUUCGCUAGACCAUGUCGUUGGUUACGUGCAGUCUCGAGGCCGCGCACGCAACAAACGUUCCAACUUUAUAGUCAUGAUCCAAGAAGACGACUAUGCGUAUCAAGAACGAUAUCAAAAACUCAUGGAUACUGAACCGAAACUCAAAGAAGCUUAUCAAGCCCAACUACAGCUAUUUCAAGAUGUGUUGAAUCCUGACGAUGAUGAUGACGAGGAGGAGGAGGAGGAAAGUGCUGCGGACCUUGCCAGCCGGGAACGAUAUAUGGUCCCGUCUACUUCAGCAUUUGUGACCUACGAUAGUGCGAUUUCGCUGAUCAGUCAUCUGUGCUCCUUCAUCCCACAUGAUCUCUAUACCACACAACCUGCCCCAGUGUACACAGGCGACUUUCAAUCCAUAUUACGCCUUCCUGCCUCAUUACCACUUCCACCGGAGGCCCUCAUUUACCAAGGUCCGAUCAAAGACAGCAAAAAAGAAGCGAAACGCGCUGUUUCAUUUCUGGCUGUGAAACGGCUGCACGAAUUAGAUGUUUUCGAUGAUUAUCUCUUGCCCGCUGGAAGCAGGCGAGGCAAAGAUUUUCAGGAUGCCGAAGGAAAGCCAGUGCCAGACAUGAAUCAUGUUGCGUAUAUGAUGGAUGUAAAAGUCAGAGAUCCGUGGGUGAUUUACAAAAGAUUGUGGAUGCAUCCUAUUGUCAUAAACGGGAAGGUUCUGGCAGGGUUGGUUACGGGCACCCGUAUUGACCGUACUCAAAUUGAUUAUUGUGAUGGUAUUGUGGAAACAAAACCUGGGCGCCUGCUCGAACUGCACUUGGACAAGGACGUGGAGUGCUUACGGAUGAUGGAAGAAUAUACUAAACUUGGGAUACACCUCCGCAUCAGCGGCUCUCCAUUCGUUGGUCGUCCAAGCUUGCUACUGGUUCCCGUCACGUCGUCAAUGGAUAUAGAUUUUCAUGCAAUGGAGGAAUUUGUUUCGAACCCAAACGGGAAUUCUGACUGGUCGGUUAUCGGUGGCGAAUGCUAUGACCGCUUACUAGUUCGCAACGUGAAUCAAUAUGGUCGUAUAUGGAUUCUACGUAGUAUUCGCAAUGACCUCACACCGAUGUCAAUAAUGAACGUUACACCAGAAGGUCAAGUUCAGACCUACAGGGAUUACUAUGUCGAUAAAUGGAAACGCAAGAACAAUCGCAACAAAUGGACCCCUGUAGUUCCUGAAACUGGGCCAAUGCUCCAAUUGUCGAAAAUAGUGCGAUCCAAAGACACUCAGUAUCCUUUGGCUGGGUCUGGCAAUAUCGCCACGGACUCAUCUUCGAAACUGGCUGGUACAGUUCUCAUUCCACAAGGAUGUUGUUCAUGGUUAACCAUGUCCAACGAGAUGAGUCGUGCUUUUGGUCUUCUACCUGCACUAGCUCAUCGCAUCACUGACAUCUAUCGCGUCCGUGCAGCCAAGCUUGAACUGCGUUUACCUCCCAUCCUAGAUGAUCUGAUGGUACAGGCACUCACGAUCCCUAGCGCCUUAGCAGGAUAUAACAACCAAAGACUCGAAACACUUGGAGAUGCAGUUUUGGAAGUUUGCACCACUGUACACCUGCUGAACAAAUUUCCUCACCGCCACGAAGGACAGCUCGACAUCCUUCGCCAGCGUUCCAUUUCUAACCGCUUCCUGCUCUAUCGCGCGUUGGAUGUCGGUCUAGAGCGUUUCAUCACUAGCGAAAAUCCAAGAAUCAAGGCAUGGAGACACAUCCUCGAGGAGAAUAACGACGAAUUGAGUCCUUCACGCUGUGCUUCCAGGAACUACCCUCGGAGGAGUCUACAAGAUUGCAUGGAAGCCACCCUUGGAGCUGCAUUCUUGACUGGUGGUAUGCAGAUGGCAUUGCAGACUGGAAAUACACUUGGGCUGAUGUUUGGGGGUCCUAGCCCCUGGUCACUGCGAUACAGCCAAGUGGAAAGUACCCCAAUGUCUCCGAUGUUCACGAAGUUGCAGGAGCUGUUGGGAUAUACUUUUAACAACGGACGCCUUUUGCGGGAGGCCUUGACACAUCCAUCGUUUUCAUCUGCGGCUGAGGUAAUACCAUCCUACCAACGUUUAGAAUUCCUUGGUGACGCUAUUCUGAACCUCGUCGUGGUCCAUCACCUAUAUAAUAAGUAUCCUGCGGCAGAUUCGGCACAACUGGCAUUUCCUCGAACAAAGGCAGUGUGCGCACAAGCUCUUGCAUUCUUAGCUGUGAAAAAAUUAGCGCUGCAUCAUAUGAUACUUUUGAACAACGUUGAUCUUAGCCAAGCCAUUGAUAGCUAUGUUCCGCAUCUACAGGCAGCCUCUCCACAAACGAUUAUCGACAAUGGCUGGAAAUUUGACCCUCCUAAAGCGCUCAGCGAUGUGUUUGAAAGCGUCAUCGGCGCCGUUCUCGUGGAUUCUGGAUAUAAUUAUGAAAAGACUGCCUGUGUGACGGAAUUUAUUAUGGAGGAUAUACUCAGUAUUCUCUCGCCAUCUGUUCGCUUGGAUCCAAUCUCGACACUAAUGCAAUGGAUCAGCUCAUCUAUGUGCCAAGCGCAAAUCAAAUUCAUUGUGGCUUCGAAGGGGGAGCGAGAAGGUAUGCAAGUCGAGAUACAUGGCCUUGUGGUAGCAGGACCGAUUGUUUCGACAAGCCUGGUGGUUGCCAAGAAUCUCGUGGCUGAAAGGGCUUUGGCUAUAUUGCAAGACUCAUGCCACCAGUACUGCCUGUCUCGUAUCUGUGACUGCGAUCAUGGAGACUUUGCCCCAUUGGAAGGCAAUGUGAUGAGAGAAAAUAUAUAG